AUGGAUCCAAAAGCUGCAAAUAUUACUAAAUGUCAAAACUCAAGUAUUCAAAAAUUAUGGCAGUUGGUUGGAAUUUGGGAAGUUAAUUCAGAAUCUGUUAAAGAAGUAAAGGCUAAACCUAGUAAACUCGGUGUUUGUAAAACAUAUUUUAAUUUGGAUCAAACCUUUCAUGAAACAGGUCUUAAAACAAAAAUAUCAAAAGAACAAUCCAUGAUUACAAUUAGAAGAUGUCUCUUUUGCAAUUUAGAUUUUUAUAUUAUAUCUCGUGGAAAGUUAUUAAUACAAAAAAGUCGAGAAUCAUUAAUUUUUGAAAAAAUUUCAGAAAAAAAGGCUUUAAAAUAUUUACGUUAUAUUUGUCAAAUUUGUUUUAAUAAAAAUGGUGAACAUAUUCACAUUCCUCCUGGACAAGAAAAAAAGCAAAUAUCUUGUAUAGAAAAUAAUUAUCACAAUAAUAAUACCGAAAAAAGUUUGGAAUUAAUUAGUAAAUGGAUUUUAAAUGUUGUGAAAUUACAAGAUUUAUUAUUACAAGCCCAACUUUUGUCUCAAUUAUCUUAUUCAUUAACAGUAAAUAAUAAAAAUAUUUUAAAUAUUCCUUCAGCAAAUAUUUUACCACCAAGCUUAUUUAUGGUCAAAUCAGCACUUGAAAUCGGAAAAGCUAAUAAAAUUGCAAUAAACAAAAAUCUUCAAAUAUCAUCACAAGAAAGUUAUGAAUUUGGUCAAUUUUUAGAAUCAAAAAUUACAAAUGAUCGUGAUAUUUCUUCAAAAAAAGAAAUUAUUUGGAAAUUAUCAAUGGAAUUAUUUGAUUUAUUUAAAAAUCCAUUAAAUAUAAAACAUAGAUUUUUGCAAACUACGCCUCAAAUGAAUCAAAUUGGAUAUAACAAACUUGCUAUGUGUUAUAAAAAUGGAAAAAUACAUAUGAAUAAAUUGUAUAAACAAGAAAUUACUAAUGAAGAACCAAGAAAUACAUUCGGAAGGCGUGCUACUGAAGUUAAUAAACCAAUAUUACAACCACAAAAUAAUUCUAAUUUACAACCUGAAUCCUCUACUACUAGAACACGUAAAAAUAUAUCUAUUGAAAAAAAUAGAGAAAUAUUACAUAAAAAAACACGUAGCAGAGCUACAAAUGAAGAAGUUAAUAAAUUACAACCACUUAUUGAACAAAAUGAAAAACCAACAUCUGAGCAAUUAGAAAUG